GGAAAGUUCCGUCAGCGGAAAUAGAUGUAAACAUGUGAUUGUCAACCGGAGCGCUUGGUGCAGUUAUGUUUGUGUUAUACCGCUGUGAAAACCAAUAUGCUUGUUUCAAAUAAAUGUGCUUGAAAAAUAUUUAAAGAAUCUGUUGAUAAUCUUGAAGUAUUGAAUCGGGCUGUUGUGUUUUUCGAAACCCGUUCAGUUUAGCUAACAUUUAGCAUUUGCGUUCAUAGGAAUGUAUGUGUUUAUUUCACGCAGUGUUUAGCAAUAAUUCUUACGUUGCUUCAAAUCUGUAAGUGUUCAUGGCAUCCAAACAGCCAUUUACAUAUUCUGACACUGCUGACGAAGCGGUCAGAGCAACUUGCGACGAUGCAUCGAUAUGCAAAAGGUUUGCUACCAGUAAAGGUUACUGGACUGACCUCUACGCCCAGUAUUUUGUGAGGCAAAUAGGUGAACGUAAAGCACCUGAGAUCAACAGAGGCUAUUAUGGUCGUGUCAAAGGGGUGAAUCUCCUUCUUGAUGCUUUUCUCGAGAAGACACAAUGUGACUGCCAGGUGGUGAAUCUUGGGGCAGGACUGGAUACCACUUUUUGGAGAUUAAAGGAUGAAAACAUUAUGCCGAAAAAGUUCUUUGAAGUUGACUUCCCAACGAUUGUUGCCAGAAAAAUACACCACAUCAAGACAAAACCUCCACUAUCGAAACCUUUGAUUGAGACCCACUCCACUGAUUCACUCCUUCUGGAUAGUCAUAGCCUGGACUCGGACAGAUAUUGUAUUAUUGGUGCUGAUCUAAGAGACCUCCCAACUUUAGAGGACAAACUAAAAAAGUUCCAGAUAAAUCCAGAGUUGCCCACUCUGUUUCUGUCUGAAUGUGUACUGGUGUACAUCACCCCUGAGCAGUCCUCCAAACUGGUGCACUGGGUUGCAGACACCUUCCCUACGGCCAUGUUCAUUAAUUACGAACAGGUGAACAUGAAUGAUCGCUUUGGGCACAUCAUGAUUGAGAAUCUGCAGAGACGGCAGUGCAAUCUGGCUGGGGUGGAUCUGUGUCAGUCUUUGGACUCUCAAAAAGAACGCUUUCUGUCGGCAGGCUGGGAAAGUGUAAAUGCGCUGGACAUGAUGAUGGUCUACAGCAUGCUUCCUCAGGAAGAUGUAGCUAGAAUUGAACGCCUGGAGUUCUUAGACGAAAAGGAACUUCUCCAACAGCUUCUACAACACUACUGCAUCUGCUGGGCCAUAAAAGAUAAGCUCAGUUUAGCGGACUUCUCUUUUCAGGCCUUUCACAAAUUGGGUUUUAAACAGCAAUGGGGACUUGGUUGUAAAAGUUUAAUUUGAAACAACAUGACCAAGAGUCAGAGGACAGGAAGGGGAAGUCAUUUAUAUCUUUAUUUCCAUUUUGGAGCGCAAUAAAAAUGAAGACUACUGGCA